UUUUUUUUUUUCCCUCUCUCCUGGCCUGAACGAACGUCUUCUCUCGCUCAUCCAUCCGGCUCCCAUCUCCAUCGCCCUCCCUCGUUCUUCUCCUCGCCCUCCUUUUCUCACAUUCCUACUCCUCAGGGACGGCUACGCCUCGAGUACACUCCCCCGUCGAUUCGUGGGUCUGUCGAGAGAGAUUCAACUUUUUUCCGUGCGAAGUUCUAAGGGCCUUUCUUUUUUAUACUUUAACGGUCACGAAUCUGCUUGUCCAAAGUCCAUUCCUUUUUUUUUUUUGUUUUUUUUCUUCUUUACGGCUGGGAAUUCGGCGUCUUCCCUGCUGAGAAAAAGUGUUUUGGGUUUUUACGGGAAGUUUUUGGAUUUGGGUUUCUUGAACAGAUUUCUUUGGACCUGCAAUUAUGGCGUACUACGAACCCCAAGGCUGGCAAGCUCCCGUCCGCCAGGGCUCCUGGGAGCAACCUGCUCCCCCUUCACGAUCAGGCACAAGCUCUACCGCUCAGCGCGAUGAUUCACCUGCCUUUGCCUCUCAGUUCGAUGAGGUUGAUCGGGCCAUCGAUAACCUGGUGAAAAGCGGGAAAUUGUUCAACUCAAUGCCACGGAGAGAAUCAGUACCCCUUAUGAUGGGACGCCCCUACGACUAUGAUGGAAGAAUGAUAGGUGGCAUGGGCCCUCCACGUCAUCACUCUAUCAGCGAUUACGAUAAUCUUCGCCCACAUUCUGCCUCCAACCUGCAAGGAUUUUACGCCGCGCAGCGAUUCCAGGGCCGUCCCAGCGAAGCGGAACAGAUGAUGCAAGCGAAACGCCGAUUGGCAGCGCAACGAGAGAGGGAUCUCCGCAAUUAUCAUCAGGAGCAACAAUAUAACCGAAGCCUUCUUGCCGAAAUGUCUGGAAACAAAUCCGAUCGUUCCAUGAGUCCUGCUGCGAUGAGCGAAGAAAGCCGACGCGAAUUGAUUGCACGUCAGCACCGUGCCCUGUAUGGCAAUGAAUCAUCCUCCUUCUUCCCCAAUGGAAGCCUCGGAGACGACGGCCAGCCAUCUGGCACUGCGAAUACGACUGCAAGCGGCGCGCGAGGCCCCUCUCCAAGGGGUGUGGAUCCCUUCGGCGGUCUUGGUCAGGCCCAUGCCCAACCUGGCUCGGAGAAUUCCGGCCAAACCCCCGCCGGGGCCCCUGCCGCUCAAUCGACCGUCGCGCAGCAACCCCGGUCACGUGCCAACAGCACUUCGUCCCCAAGCUCCAACGCGAACCAGGCCUCCUAUGGCAUCUUCGACUCGAACCAGCAAUCUAACUCGACCUCGUCGGCAACAGGUGCCAGCACCGACAUCUCAACAUCGCACCCUGAUAACAACAAGCCGGCCACCGGCGCUGUCGGGCCGAUUGGUUCCCGUCCUGUUCCUGUAACCAGCCAGGCUCCCAAUCCAGCUCUGAACAAGCGUUCGACAACCCCUCUGCCCUCUCCGUUGAGCUAUGGAUUCUCCCCUAGUGAGGUUGUGGGUUCCACGGGUCCAAAUACCACUUCUAAUGGAAACGAGAAAGUUGCGCCCAAUGCGGCACCCUCUACGCACACUGGCACCGCCGGAGCCUCAAGCACUGGAAAGAAGGAGCCCGGCAAUGUUGGUCUUCCCUGGGGCAACGGCAGUGGUGUGUGGAGGUCCAAAGGCUCUCUUGGCGUCCAAGCUUCUGUCUGGGGCUAAAAGAUGAUGACUUCUCGUGAUAUUGGCUGUUCCUUUUACUUGCAGGUUCCCCCCACUGUUCUUCCUUCUUCUUCUUACAUGGAAGCGAAGUAUGGCGUUUUUAUUUUAAGGAGGGUUGCCAGCUAUAUUUCCAAUUUUCGUACGGACAUGCAUUGGGGAAUGGAUUUUGGGACAAUUUGAUGAGAUCGUUUCCCAUUUGCAAAAGGAGGUCAAAGCAUUUGCUUGGCGCCUGGUUAUAUUGAAGCUCAGGGUGGCCUCGAUUGUACGCGCGCGCAGCAGAUCUUUGACGACGUAUAUUUCAUUUGGUUUUGCCGGUGAUGUGUUUGGCUUUAGCUGGCAUAGCAGCUUCAUUGAACUGGUUCUAUUAUUGGUUGGGAGUUCGUUAUGACGCUGUUUGUUUUGUUAUCUCUGUGCUUCUUCUGUUGAUGAAGUUCAUAUUGUCCUGAAUUUGGUUUUGGCUUUGGCUCUUUUUUUUUUUUGGGGGGGGGGGGGCCUAGACAGGCGCAAUUCGGUGUCCUGUCACAUGGUUUUUGGCCGGUAUUUAGGAUAUAUUCCCUUUUCUAUGGCUGCCUCCUGGUUUCCCAUUUUUCGGAGAUGUAGUUGUCUGCUUUCUUUUGUCUAAGUUUGGAUCGGUCUGGAUUUGGGGGAUGUUUACGGCGCCGCUGAGCUAACUAACUUCUGCUGGGCUAUUAUCUACCCUAUGGACUUAAUGUUUGGAUGUCAAAAGGGGUUACAUGUGUUGGAUGCACAGGGUACUCGGGGCGAUAUUUUGGAUGUUGUUGGUGUUUGCUCCUUGCUCUUUUUUUUUAGAGUACCUUGUGGGAUGUUUUGGUUUAUGAAUGCUUUUCCAACGUGUACUGAUAGGCUUGAAGUGAAUUUUUGGUUUUUCUUUCUUUUUUUUCCUUCAUUUUGGACUACCCUUCCUUAUCAUGCACCGACUAUAUCAUUCUCGUCCACUGUACUAUUAUGCCAGGCUAAAUUGCGAUGUAUUCGAGUCAGU